AUGGCAGCGAUCAGCGAAGGUUUCUUGCGCUCCGGAGCCGAGAAGACUAGGCGUCGACUUUUAGGGUCUCGGGUCGGUGAUUAUCUCCAGGAGUCUACCUUUUCACGGAUGGACGAUAUUCCCACUGCGCCGAAAGGUCCAGAAGCAAUCAACGGAGCAAGCUCGGUCUUAGUGAAGGAAUACAUUGUAGCGGCUUUUCGAACGCGCAAGUCUUCACUAAGAAUCGCCCGCACGUCGUUCUCAGAGUCUGAUUUGUUGGCCUAUUCAUCAGUUCAUAUACUUGGAGACAGCAUUUCACGGAACAGUAUAGCAGGCUCUUUUCAUUCGUCAAUUAACAGCAUUCGGUCUUCCCUGAGCCGGGAUACCAAGCGAACGCUCGCACAAAUGCUCGAAAUCAGGGAUCGCCUGCGCCGGCCCAAGUCGAUGCUUUCAACUUGGACCAAAACCAGUAACAGUUCGACUGCAAUGUCAAUUGGUUCUCACGGAAGUAACAGCUGGGAGAAAGUCAGCGGGAUGCCGCCCUACUGCCCGGAUGUUGAUAUGACUGAAGAUCCCUCCUCAAGGGCCCUCGAAAACGAGGAUCUGAUGGUGAUUGACCGAAUUGACGAGGAGAUGGAUGAUGUUUGA